AUGAAGACAGGCAAGCUGCCAAAGCGCUUCUUGACCCGGCGAGACAAGGCCAGCCAUCGUCGAGGUAAAUCGGCAGAUGCGGCGCACAAGGUGAGAGAUCUCCCGGGCCACUACAGCCUACCUCCGGGUCUACACUGUAUGGCCAGUGGAGCAGAGAUGAGAGAGAGGCUGACAGCGCACCUCCCUGGACAGCACCGCUCCAACUUCUUCGCGCUGUUCAAGCCUGCCUCGAAACAAACCGACAAAGACGAAGAGAAAGACCAGGAUGAACCUGCAAAGGUCCAGGAGGUCAGCAAGAGGCUGGCCGCCCUGGAGAUUACCAAUUUUGACGACGACAAUGUCCUCUACGCCCUCCACUCCAAAUUCGCCGCCGGCGAUGUCGACAAGGCCGUCGAGCUCAUGCUCUUACAGAAGAAGUCAUUCGCGGGCAACGUCAUUCCGUACAACCCCAAUGUUGCCAUGCUGGGCGCCGAGAACCGCGAGAUGGUCACCUGCUAUCUCGACGCUCUGCUGUUUGCCAUGUUCGCCAAGCUCGAGGCGUUCGAAUGCAUGCUGAAGUCAGACCUGGAUGAGCCUCAGAGAAGAUUGGCUAUGCUUCUGCGACUCUGGGUGAACCUUCUGCGGAGUGGAAAGCUCAUUCAGACGGACAUGACCGAGUUGAUACAGGAAGCACUGGCUGAAUGCGGCUGGUCUGAUGCUCUGCGCCUGGAACAGCAGGAUACAUCCGAGGCUUUCGCCUUCAUUACCGAGACGUUGCAGCUACCUCUGCUUUCGCUUCAGGUCGACCUGUUCCACCAGGGCAAGAACGACGAGGCGGACCACAAGGUUGUGUACGAGCGGUUGCUGAACCUUGCCGUCCCCCCGGACGCUGAUGGCAAGGGUAUCAAGCUCGAGGAUUGCUUAGAGGAAUAUUUCAACUCUCAAGUUGACGUUCACCGAGAUAGCUUCGACGACAGUAAAGGUAACAGGCGGGCUACUCUGACACCAACUCCCCGAAGUCCCAAUGCUCCGGAAACGCCCUCCACCCCGAAAGGCACCAUCAGACUCGUUUCUGAUGACAGCGACGAGGGCCCUGCCUCUUCACCAAAACUGGGUGAGCACGACGAGCAGCACGGCAGUCCGCAUAUGAUACCUCUCGAGAGGAGGUGGACUGAGAAUCCAGCCUCUUCCCCGGCCGCAUCUCCGUCCUCACAUAUUCCAAUUAGACCACAUCGCAGCCGGACGGAAAGUAUAAUACAACGAGUUGUGCUCGACGACAAAGGCAAGACAUCAGAAGGCGCAGAGACCGCAGGCCUGUUUGAGAGAGCCAAGAGGAGAGUAUCAGUGGUCAAGGCAAUCACGAUACCAGCUUGGCAAUUCUUCCGACUAAUCCCAUGGCAUUCGCCUGCAGACGAAGAACCCCAGAACGACCUCGAGGUGGCAAAACACUUCAGUCAGCGCCCAGUUGUUGGGAUUUGUCUCAAACGAUAUAUGGUGGAUGAAAAGGGGGUGCCCAAAAGACAAAACACAUAUAUCGACAUCCCGGACAGCCUGAGGCUACCACAAUUUAUCGUGGAUCAACGACAUGUUGAAGAGAAUGGGUUGAGCCAAGAGUACAAGCUGGUAUUGCAAUCUGUCGUCUGCCACCGUGGAGAUUCGCUACACUCCGGGCACUACAUCUCAUUCUGCCGGGUGGCCCCAAAGCUACUUACGGAUAACCGGCGAUAUGAGAAUGACCCACCGCCUGAUUACGAAGAAGCGCAAUGGGUGAAGUUUGACGAUCUAGCAACCGAGAAUCGAAUAGCUCCGGUGGAUGACAUCAAACAGUCACUCAAAGAUGAGAUGCCGUAUCUUCUGUUCUAUCAAAUCGUACCCAUCGUCGAUGUAACGGCCAGUUCAACAGAUGGAACUGAAGCCGAGCCACCUUCAUAUGACGAUACUGCUCUGCAACUCAAGAUAUCGCAGGCCUCGGAACGGCCGGCCAUAUCAAGACAAGCUAGCAGCUAUUUCGACAACUUGAGCACGCUUCCCUCGGCAACUACCAGCAUCCGCUUUUCGUCAGACAUAGAGCGGCCGUCCCGGCGGAGCUUUGCUGACGACGAGGGGUUUCUCAGCGUAUCGCGCCGCGGCAGUGUGAUUAUCGACUCCGCGGGUCCGAGCCCAGGCGCCACACCCCUCGAUGGGCCAUCACCGGCCGCAACGCCUCUGGAAGAGACCACAGCCCACAGGCUCAGCAGGGCAGCUGCCAAGUUCCGCGGCAGCGGCAGCAAGAGCAGACCUCAGAGCCAGGCUGGUGAGGGACGCCUCAGCAUCACAAUGUCCCGGCUGAACGGCCUGAUUCGAACCAGCAAAGAGCCAUUGCGUGAACCAUUGCGGGACUCCACGUUUCUCGACCCGGACGAGGAGUUUGAGAUCGUCAGUACCAAGGAGGCGACCGAGAAAGACAGCGAGAAAGAGAAAGAGAAGGAGAAGGAGAAAGAGAACAGCCAGCACCACAAAAGAGGGCGGUCCAAGGCCCGCCUCGACAAGGGCAAGGGCAAGGAGAAGGCCGGGAGGGCCGGCGAAGUCCCAGAUAGAGAGUGCGUGGUUCAGUGA